UCUGCUAAAUCUGUCUGGGGUAGAUAGAGAGACGUGCUAGUUUAGAAAUGAUCAUGGCAACACGGUGGGGAAUCUGCAGUGCAGGGAAAAUCAGCCACGACUUUACAGUAGCUCUGAGGACCCUACCUCACGACGACCACCAGAUUGUGGCUGUUGCUGCUCGGAAUCUGCAGCAUGCCCAAGAGUUUGCCAAAAAUCACAACAUCCCAAGAGCCUAUGGGAGCUAUGACGAGCUAGCAAAAGACUCAGACAUAGAUGUGGUGUAUGUGGGAACAAUCCACUCUCACCACCUGAGUACAGGUAAGCUCUUCUUGACCUCCCAUAAGAACGUGCUCAUAGAGAAACCCCUGGCCAUGAAUCUAAGAGAGGUACUGGAGCUCACCAACACAGCCAAGGAGAAUGAUGUCUUUCUGAUGGAGGCGAUCUGGACUCGUUUCUUCCCUGUGUCUGUAGAGGUGGGCAGGCUGCUAGGCCAGGGUGAGGUGGGAGAGGUCCAGAUGGUAAGGGCCGACUUGGGAGCCCCCCUCACACACAUCCCUCGCCUGGCCCAGAGAGAACUGGGUGGAGGGGCACUACUAGACCUGGGGAUCUACUGCCUGCAGUUUGUCUUCAUGGUGUUUAAUGGGGAGAGACCUGAGUCCAUCCAAGCCACGGGACACUGUAUUGACACAGGAGUGGAUGGAACAGUAGUUUUGGUCUUAAAGUUUUCUGGGUACAGAAUGGCUGUGUGCACGUGCUCCAUCACGAUGAUGCUGACAAAUGAUGCUGUUAUCACUGGGACCAAGGGGACCAUCAAGGUCCCCAACCACAUGUGGUGUCCUACGAGCCUGGAGUUGAAUGGAGAGGUGAAGCAAUACCCUCUCCCUGAGCCCAGCCUUCCCCUCAACUUCAUCCACAGUACUGGGCUGCGCUACGAAGCAGAGGAGGUCAGGCAGUGUAUGCUUAAAGGACUGAAGGAGAGCUCUGGAAUGCCUUGGUCACACUCACACCUUCUCGCCGAGGUCAUGGAUGAAGCCAGAAGACAGGUGGGAGUGACAUAUACUCAAGACAACAUCCAAUGAGAUAUCAUGCGACCCAAGUCCCCCUUUCUCAGUCAUGGAUGCACUCUCUACUGAUGCUAGUCAGUGGUGACUUCGGUCCAAUGAAUGCUAUAGGUUACCCUGUUAUGAUGGUUAAACUAAGGGGGGCAUGCUUGGGGAGACUCCCUCUGAUCUGAUCUGCCUGGUAAUAAUGUUUUUUUGUUGUUUUUUUUACAGCUUGGGUUGUGUCCCAAAUGAGUCCUGGUCAAAGUAGUGCACUAUAAAGUGAACAGGGUGCCAUUUGGGAUGCAGACAUGGUCUCAGGAGGUUUUAAUAACUUAUGAGGCUAAUGGGCCUAUGAUGUUUAUUUCAUGAGGACCAACCCAUUAAUGGUGAAUUUUUGUAUGGAUAUGUGCCAGUUAUGUUCAGCUUGUCAGCAUCCAUCCCCUUUAGUUUGCCGUUUUGCUUGUUUGACCUCAGGCUAUUGGCCAGUCACUUAGUAGGUAAUAGGUUAUAACAGACUACGUGUAACCAAAUCAAAUCAAAUCAAAUUGUAUUUGUCACAUACACGUGUUUAGCAGAUGUUAUAGCGGGUGUAGCGAAA